AUGGAAAUCUUCAAAGCAAUUGCGAAACAAGAAGUUGCGACUCAUGAAAGUGUUGCUAUCAGAGUUGAUCAGAAGAGUUAUAGUUACAAUCAGCUCAUCUCAUCGGCACAAAAGCUAUCUAAUCUCUUGUGUGAAAAUGAUGUCGAGGGAAAUCUUGGAGGAGCUCGAAUAGGAAUUGUAGCCAAACCGUCUGCAGAAUUUGUUGUCGGAAUACUUGCAACUUGGUUUAGCGGAGGUGUUGCUGUUCCACUUGCACUAAGCUUUCCAGAAGUAGAGCUCCUGUAUGUGAUAAAUAAUUCGGAUGUGUCUGCAAUACUGAGUACCGAAGAUCAUAGUGAGUUAAUGCAAAGCAUUGCCAACAAAACAUCUUCUCGGUUUUUUCAUAUUCCGCCCGUUCCUAAUAAGUCCUCAGAGAAAAGCAACAAUGAACAUUCACAAAAUGGAAAACUUGACGCAGACAGAAUUUUCCUGGAAAAUAUCGGAAAAUCAAUUGAAGAUCCAGCAUUGAUAAUAUACACUAGCGGCACAACAGGUAAGCCUAAGGGAGUUGUUCAUACACACAGAAGCAUCCUUGCUCAGGUCCAAGCAUUGACAAAAGCAUGGGAGUUUACAUCAGCUGAUCGGUUUUUGCAUUUACAUGUCCAUGGACUUGUCAAGGGUUUACUAGCACCUCUCUACGUCGGUUCCACGGUUGAGUUUCUUCCAAAAUUUAGUGUUAGUGGAAUUUGGAAAAGAUGGCGCGAGUCAUAUCCAACCGAAGGACACAAGGCUCAUGACGCUAUAACUAUAUUCACCGGAGUAAGUAUGAUUAGUAUCAACAUUGAGCAAAUCUAUGAUACGGUUCAUUCUCAUAAAAUAACAGAAGUAUGA